CUUCCGGUCCGGUCGGCGGGGUGGAGGACAAGAGAGGCGUAGCAAGCAUCCUCACACUGGAACUAAACCCGUCACAAUGGGCGAUGUUUCGCUGUAUUUGACCGACACGUCCGUGGAACAGCGUUCUCCAACCCUAAGUCCAAAAGCAAGCAGGGAUUUUAGGAUGUUGGAGCUGGGCGAGAACCGGAGAAAUGUCCAAAGGGAGAAGACACCUCGGAGGAUCAUCCAUUUCUCCAGCGGGGAGACCAUGGAGGAGUACAGCACCGACGAAGAGGAGGAAGGAGGGAAGGAGGCAGAGAGGAAAGACCUGCUCUCCUCCCCUGUUGAUGCUGUGAGGUCCAAAAUGACUUGGGGUCCCUACUUCUGGUUCCACAUGUGGAGAGCUGCAUCUUCAACUAUUUCAGCCUGUGAUUACCUCGGCGAGAGAAUGGCCUCCUUCUUUGGGAUUACAUCAGCCAAGUAUCAGUACGCCAUCGAUGAAUACUACAGGACAAAGAAGGAGAGGGAGGAGGAGAAGGAGGAGACCCGCCUGUCAGAAGAGGCCGAACGUGCCUUCGACCAGUCGCGUUCCCAGGAAGGAGACGGACCAAUCGAGGGGGCAGAACGUCCCGUUGCCCCGCCUCAUGUGACCUACCAGAUCCAAAACGAAAGCCAGGUAUCUUCCGUCACCUUGGUCGUUCCUGCCAUCGUCACGGCGACUUAGGCUUGCCUGUAUGUUUGUUUGGAAGGCACAUGUGUGCCAUUUUAACAAGAACGAAUACAACAAACGUGGCUCGCAGUGCCAUUGUGUUGUGGUUACUUAAUGGUUUCCACUCGCAAACUGCAUUUUGGGUCAUUAAAAUGGCCGUGACUCGAUAAUGUGCACUGUUAUCCCAGCAGGCACAAGUCGUUGAUACAACGGUUAUUAUACAUACAAAACUGACUUUAAAACAACGUUGCAAAAUAGUUGUUUUUGUCAACUGAGACAACAUUGAGUUCUACCAUUGAAUCCACGUUGUUGGUCGGGAAAUGACCAAAUUUCUAAGGUCAAAUGAACGUCACAACCUGACGUUGAAUAAACGUAGUCAAAAAGCAUGUUUCAACAUUGUAUUCGUGUUGUAGAAUAUUGGUUGGGAAAUAACCAAAAUUUCAACGGUCUAAUCAAAGUCAACCCAACUUUGGUUAAAUUUUGUCAAAAAGCAUGUUUCAAUGUUGUAUUCGUGUUGUAGAAUAUUGGUUGGAAAAUGUCUAAAAUUUCACUGGUCGAAUCAACGGCAGAACCCAACAUUGAUUAAACGUCGCCAAAAAACCUAUUGUUUCAAUGUUAUGUUUGAGUUGCUCAACGUCAGGACGUAAUUCAAAAAGUUCUCAACGUUGUUUUCAUGUCUUCUGCCUGCUGGGAUCUCCUAAAGUGAGACAUUUGUCUUAUUUUGUUUCUUCUUCAAUGUGGUUGUGACUUUAAGGGCCUGAUCUACCGAAGGUUUGCAUGUACUAAAACACGUAGUCGCACGCAAAGCUGAUCUACUAAACUUGUGCGCCGAGAAUGAGCAGAAUUUUUAUUUUUCCUUUUAAAUGCAUAAAAUGUUGAUUUACUUAAAGCCCACAAUAGGUGGAAGAGACACAAAUAUAAUCACUUACUACUGUUUCAGAUGUAAAUAAUGGAAACGUGAUUAAUAACUGAAAACUUGCGGAUAAACCUUGGCAAUAAAUCGAUAUUAUCGAUAAAAUUACAUGUUUUGUUGUAGACUAUUCAAUAAAAUAAAAAAUCUAUAUUUUUCUCCUCUUGCUGGGCACAUUUCUAUCUCCCAGGGGCUUCCUUAGGGUCCUCAUUCUUCCUUAUUUCCUUAGUGGACAUUCACACGCAUCUUUUAAAACAUGGCUCACGCUAACGCAAACAUUUAUUCCAAAAUAAUGAAAAGUGCUGUCAGUGGUUGAGUUUUGCAGCAACAGGCGUGGAACAAAUGACUGUGCACUGCAAAGUUUGUGUAAAAAGGCCAGCAGCACAACAAACUAAUUCCAGCGUUUGAAACUGGAGCAUCGAGCCAAGUAGAGAAAAUGCAACUCUUUGCAAAGCAAACAAGAAUGAAACUACAAACAAACUUCCGCCAAAAAGCAACUUACUGUACCAAGGUACCACGUGUGAUUAAAAAUUGAGCGCAGUGUAAAACAAUUACUAAAGUGGUAGUACUUUGUGUCGCUGAAGAUGCAGUGCCCAAACAUUGAAAAAGUCGUUUUUUAUUCCACCGAAUAAAACUACAGAGAGCUCCCAUAGCUGCAUGUAUUUUAUUCAAGACAAGAUUUAAGUUUGUACUUUAUCAAUCUUAAAUGUUGGAGUUUUAUUUACAUGCAUCGAUAUGCCUCAUUUUUGUCUCCCACAGUAAGCUCUAUGUUGACAAAUUUUAAUAGAUUACAACAACGCAUGUUUAUCAACACAUGAGCAAAAGUAAAUAUGCAAGAAUCAGCUGCAAUAGCAAAAUUCUAUCUGUUGAGUUUUUUUAAAAAUGAUUUUCUACAAAGUCCAAUUUAUAUCUAUUUUAAAAAGAAGCCCCUUUAUUAAAAUAUAAUUUUGCUCAGUCAGAUAGUGUAUGCUGUGCUAUUUCAACCUACUAGUUUUUGAUCAAAUAAAAGCAAAACCCCUUUUAAAUUAUCUGCCUUUUUUUUAUUAUUUGGUUUAUUUAAAUAGUAAGGAAAAAAUCAAGCCAAACGUAAAUUGAAUUUUUUUGUGAAAAGAUUGGAGUCUGUCAUCUAGCUUAAAUGCUAACAUGAAAACAAGAGACAUUCCCUAUUUAAAAAGGAAAUAGCCCAAUCUAAACUUAAACAAACACAUUACUGUCCGAGCAACUAAGAUGUUCAAUUGUGUACAUUAAACCAAGGAGCUGUGCUCUCUUAGAACACAGUGAUCGCUCUAUGUACAAGACAAGGUUGUUAUGGUGCGUUCAAGGACCGUUCAACAGAGUGGGACGUAACGCCUGCCAGAAAUAUUAAAUAAUAAGAUAUUUUAUUUAGUACGCAUUUUUUAUGUAAAUAACUAUUUAACUGCUACAGUACAAGCCAUUAUUAAAAACAAUAAAAGCUUAACCAUUCAAUCAAUCUUUACUUGUAUAGCCCUGAAUCCGGAGUGUCUCAAAGGGCUGCACAAGCCACAACAACAUCCUCGGCUCAGAUCCCACAUCAGGGCAAGAAAAAACUCAAGCCAAUGGGAUAACAAUGAGAAACCUUGGAGGGGACCGCUGCAAUGGACGUUGGGUGGAUCUAGCAUAAUAUUGUGAGAGUCCAGUCCAUAGUGGAUCGAACAGAAUAGUGAGUGUCCAGUCCAUAGCGGGGCCAGCAGGAGACCAUCCCGAGCGCAGAGACGUCCCCAACUGAUACACAGACGAGUGGUCCAUCCAGGGUCCCGACCCUGGACAGCCAGCGCUUUAUCCAUGGCCACCGAACCUGUCCACCCACCCUCCCCCCUUCCACUGAGGAGAGGCAGGCUGGCAGGCAGAGCAGAAAAGAAACGGCAGAUCAUCUGGUCCAAAAGAGAGGUCUUAAUUAACUAUUCAAAAUAAGGACGUUAGAAUAAUUCACCUUUAGGUUCUGUUGUCAAGAUUGCGUUUCCAAAAGCUCAGAAAAGUUGGGACAGAUGAAUAAUUGUGUAAAACCUCACAUGGAUGAGUUUGUGUCUCUGUACACUGCAAAAAGUCAGUGUUCAAAAACAAGAAAAAAAAAUUACAAUAAUUUGGGUUAUUUUAUUUGAAUUUAGCAAAUUUAUCUGCCAAUAGAACAAGAAAAUUCGGCUUGUCAAGACUUUCCAAAACAAGUAAAGUUAGCUAACCUCAAUAAACCCAAAAAUAUCUUAAAAUAAGUAUAAUCUCACUAAGAAGUGCACUUUUCUUGGUAGAAAAAAAGAGACUUUACUUAAAUAAGUAAAUGCCAGUGCCAUUAUCUUGACAUAAUGACAUGUGCUCUGAAUCAUGAAUUUUAUUUUUUUUUCAUGCUUGAAGUUAGAAAUGAUACCUUUAAAAAGGUAGUUUUAUACUUGUGAGUAUUGAUGACACAGCUUUGCAUCAGUUGAUAUUCUAGUUUCAAGCAUGUUUUACUCAAUAUAGGUCAUCAAAUCUCAGCAACAAGCUGUAAUAUCUUUCUGAGAUCAUUUAGGACCAAAACCCAUAAAACAAGUAAAACACUCAAACAUAAAAUCUGCUUAGUGAGAAGAAUUAUCUUAUCAGACAGAAAAUAAGCAAAUAUCACCCUUAUUUUAGAUAUUUCAUCUUACUUAGAUUUCAGUUUUUGCAGUGUAGUGAUAGCCGGUAGUACACACAAACAUCAUUUAAUUAUGCUGUCUCCCUGCAGUCUUAGUAGAUCACCCGCAACACGCCCACUCGUAGUACACAGUUGUAUAAUAUGCACACACCAUUUAGUAGAUCAGGCCCUCGGGGUCCUAUUUAGACGUAAGACUUCACCGGUGUUUGUGUCACGCCAAAACAGUGACUGGAGCAGCCUUCCAGAAGUUGCAAGUCAAAAUGAGCUCUUGUGUGCCUUUUACUAGACUGUGCCUGGACCAGCACUUCAGCCAAGGCAGCGUUACUCACAGUUAAUGUACAGUAAAUGUUCAGUACGGUCAAUGUACAAUAAGACACAUGUUUCUCAAACGGGCAUCGACUUCCUGGGCUGUCCACCACACGUGGUAUAUU